ACAAACUCACCGCUCACGUUUCCUUCCUUCCUUCCUUGUUUGACCAAAGACGUAACGAAAGUCUGAAACUUUCUCCACCUCUCCCCUGAAAUUAAUCGCUCUUUGAUGGAUACAUCGCCUCUCCGAUCUCAUUCCUCUUCCAGACUUUUGUUGCUCUUCUUUUGUAGUGGUGUUCGCGCUUCGAUUGUUUCCGAUCGUUGUUUUCAUAAGUCCUUCUGACACAGUUCUAGUUUCCGCAAAGAACCAGCCUCCGACAAGACAACCACCAUGGGCAAAAAAACUCAGCGUAAGAACGCUCGGAUGGAUUUGCUUGAUAGUGAUGAUGAUACGAGUAGUAUAAGCUCUUCCUCCACCAUGCAAUCUGAGCGACCCGGCAUGGAUGAAGUUCAGGUUCACAAAGAUGUUAUGUUGGAUCAAUCCCUUGAUGCUCUCUAUGAGCAAAGGAGUUCAACGAGAGAGCAAGCUUUGGCCUCCAUUUUGAACGCAUUCAACAGCGACUUGCAGCAUGAGUUUGUCGAAAAGAAAUUUGCCACUUUGUUGCAUCAGUGUUUACACUGCAUCAAGAAAGGGUCCAUUAAGGAGACCUCGUUAGCAUCACAUGUUAUUGGGUUGCUAGCAUUGACUGUUGGACUCGGGGAUCAAGCACAAGAGAUUCUGGAAGAAUCUGUCACACCUCUUUCUCAGGCCCUUAAAUCGGGCCGUGAAGCCUUGAAAAUAACCUCGAUUCUUGAGUGUUUAGCAGUCAUAACCUUUGUUGGCGGGGCCAAUCCAGAGCAAACCGAGAGAUCUAUGCAGAUUAUAUGGCAAAUGAUUCACCCCAAACUGGGUUCUAAUGUUGUUGCAACAAAACCUUCACCUGCUGUGAUAACUACUGUUGUCUCUUCCUGGGCGUUUUUGCUCACAACAGUUGAUCGAUGGACUCUAGGUCCCAAACUUUGGCAAGAGAUCGUAACUUAUCUCUCCUCACUGUUGGAGAAGGAUGACCGAUCUGUACGUAUAGCUGCUGGUGAAGCGCUUGCUCUUAUAUUUGAGUUGCGAACUCUAGAGAAGUUUGCUGCGGAAGCCAAAGGGUCUACUGCUAAUGGAUCAGUGAAAGAAGGAAGCGUGUCUCAGGAGGCAUUGAUGAACAUGCAUGGUGUGAAAUCUAAAGUCACUAACCAAGUUAGAGAUCUCGCUGCGGAAGCAGGUGGUAAAGGUUCUGCCAAGAAAGAUCUCAACACGCAACGAAGUUUGUUCAAAGAUCUCGUUGAGUUUCUUGAGAAUGGAGUCGCACCUGAAACCUCUACAAAGGUUGGUGGGGACUCUUUACAGACGUCAACGUGGUAUCAGAUGAUACAGUUGAAUUUUUUGAAGCAUUUCCUUGGGGGUGGCUUUAUCAAGCAUAUGCAGGAGAAUGAGUUCCUACAUGAUGUAUUUAGUUUCACUCCAAAGAAAAUUGGUGGACAUUCCACUAUGUCUAGUGAAGAAAAGAGGUUGUUUAAAUCACCAAACUCAGCUCUCAACAAGGCGAGGACGCUGUUCUUGAACAAGCAGAGGAUGUUAGCUAAGAAUAUGAACGAUGGGCAUUACGCUGCGAUGGUGGAGAAUGAAUGAAUAAUGGAUUACUAUUUGUCUACUCUUAGAAUCAUAUGAUUGGUCCCUUCAUUAGAUAUGUGUAGCAUUUGAAGUCUUUUUUUCCAAUAAAGUUUUUGGAUGCGUUGCUCCUAUGAUAUAACAGUUGUUGCUCUUAGAGAGCCAUUGAUAAAUUGUAAUUUGAGUCGUGUGGCGUUGUCACACAAUUAUAGUCUCUUGACAUA